UUUGUUUUGUCUAACUUAGAAAUAAUAUGCAACUUUGAUGUUUCAAUGUGCGGUUUCGUGCAAGGCAAUAAUGACAAGUUUGACUGGACUCGACACAAAGGAAGCACACCUUCUAGUGGUACAGGACCUUCCUUUGAUCACACCACUGGAAACUUGACCGGUGAGCUCUAAACUAAUUCAUCAGUACAUCUAGCCAGUCCUACUAUUAGCAACGAGAAUUGUAAUAACGUAUAACAAAUUUAACAGUCAGUUGGUAGGCAUUUCUACUUCAUUUUCUUCACGAAAAUGUCGCUAGUUUUAGCACAGACAGCCCAAGCGCAUUAUUUGUGGGUUCGGGUUUGAGAGGUCAUUUGGUCGGAAUAUACUAGAAUUAUUAGUGUGAUAUUUGAUGCCAAAUAAAUGCAAAAAUCUUAAAGAUAUGAAGUCUUCUUGUUUGUCUAUCUGUACUAGUAGCCUUUAAGAUAACGAAGGUCUAUAUUUCUUGCAUUAUUACUACUGAACACUUUAGUGUUCAGUACUCGAUGGAAAGAAAGUCAACUAAACGGCGUUUAAACCGGUCGUAGGACACAGAGUGACUAUGAACUAAAGGUAAGGGAGCUUUUUGAAUCAACAUUUUGCGUGAUCAUGAUUUUUUUUCUUAGCGUCGUAGAUUCGAAUACAUGUGAUAAAAUUCGAACAAUAAGGGCCCGAAUCUCAUAUAAUAAUGCAAGAAAUACCGACCUUCGUUAUCUUAAAGGCUACUAGUACAGAUAAACAAACAAGAAGCACUAAUAAUUCUAGUAUAUUCCGACCAAAUGACCUCUGAAGCCCGGACCCACACAUAGUGCGCUUGGGUUGCCUGUGGUUUUAGUCUUGCAAAUUUAAUUACAUGUCACUCUUUUCUACCCUUUCUUUUUGUUGUUGUUGUUGCUGUUGUUUUCUUAGAUUAAGGGGCUAUGUCAGCUGGAGAGCAUGCGCGCUGAGGUUAUGCAAAUUACUUUCAACUGUCAAAAUUCUAUUGUUUUCUCCAUGCUCUCUGUGACGUCCAAGGCUCCGAAAUUUAGAGAGAGGUUAACGAGCGAGUUGGGUAUUUCGAUAGAAUUUAAGGAACGUUUCUUCUCUGGUUAUGCUAGUAGAUGAAGAAUAAAAGUGUUAAGACAAUUUUACUUGUAGUUUUCAAGUAAAAACGCAUGCCGUUCAUAAAAACAGAGCGCCAACAAAAAUUCAACAACAAUAUAUAUAAACGACCUACAAAACACGCUAGACCAAAGAUAAAGAUCAAGGCUGUUUCAAAUCAGUGACAAUUAGACUUGUCUGUCGCUACUGAUUUUAUCUGACAGAACAAGAGACAUCAAGUCUGUGUUUUGAUCUUAGGGAAACACAUAUUGAUCGCGCAAAAUUGUUCGAUCGUGCCGAAUCACUGCCACGUCGAGAAAGAACAGAACUAAGCAUCAUUGGUAUACUACUCCAUUGUAAGCAGUCCGUUGAUAAAAAGGGAAAGUAAACACUUCCAUUUUCUAAAAAUAUGCUCAAACACAAACAGUUCAAUAACAUGGCAUUUACAAGUUCUAACUCGUCCUAGUGCCUCUCUAAGUCCGUUGAGAACAAUCUGGACGAGCGAAACGGGUCGUGUUUAUCGUUGCCGUGAAUCAAGAUAAAGACAAGAAGGAAUCUAGCCGAAUUUUACAAAUUUUUCUUCGCCAGAAGUUCAGUUUCGUCACGAAACUCAUGGCCAUGCUGUUGUAAUCGUUUAAAAAAAACCGGCCGCCGCCAACUCGAGAGCCGCUUCAUUGUAUGUCCACAUACUUUGAGCACAAAAAAAAUCCAAGAGCCAGCAGCCUCUAAAAUAACUCAACAAAAAGGUUCUGUGAACUAUACGAAAGAUUCCGUCAAAGAUUCCAUCACUCAUUGUGGAGUAGCCGUCGUUAACUCUCUGCCAUUACAACGACCGCUGAUAAGCGGACACUGUAAAUCCACGUAAAAAAAUUCCACGGGCAAACAAUUUCAAAAUAACGCCAAAAAAUUCUUUUGUAAUCACCAUAGAACGAUUCUUAAUACAAAACUUUGCUAACUAUCAAACAAUGGCUGAGAUUUAGCCAGAUAAAAAACAGCCUUCCAAAAUCUCCGACAGAACUUGAAAAAGUCGGGCCGACUUUUUCAAGUUUGUUUUCAUUGACUCGCGCAUGCGUCAGGAGUGACAUAGCCCCUUUAAACUGCUCGUUUUUGUUUGUUUUUUUGUUGCACAGGUGUAUUAAAUGUAGGCGAGAGUAUCUAAUUUCGACUGCCUCUUCAGAUCGGUGCAACUACAAGGUUGCAGUUACUCUUUACAUCCUGGGCUUUGUUGUCAUUUGCCCUCUUAUUCUACCAUGAAUAAUAUGUCUGUCUUCAAAGAAAAAAAUAAAACGAAUAAAAGGAAACUUGGGAACUUACUAAUAGGUACUUCAGAUGACCAUUCUACGUCAUUUAAGCUGAACUAACGUUGUUAGAAUACUGUUUUAAGCCAACUGGAUACUUUUUCAGUGCCUUCUGGUCAAUUUUUUUUCUUGUUGCCUCCCUUACAUCUUUUCCUCUUUGUAGGUUAUUACAUGUAUUUUUAGAAAUAUUUAGUCCACAGGAGAGCUGGAUGAUAUGACAAAAUUGGACCGUCCUCUACCGAAAAAGACUAAGUUGCUACUCUCUAACCAUCUUCAUCCCUAUCAGGUUAUUACAUGUAUAUAGAAGCAUCCAGUCCAAGACAACCAGGUGAUAACGCAAAAUUGUACAGUCCUCUAAUGAAAUUCUUUGGGAAUAUGUGCCUUCAGUUCUAUUACCAUAUGUCUGGUGCAACUAAUGAAAGCCUGAAAGUCAACGUAAGUGGGAACUUAGUGUUCUCUGCACGUGGUGAUAAAGGAGGCAUGUACAUGUGGCGUAAAGCCAGCGUAAAUGUAUCAGCUAUCGAGGGAUUGCAUAGGGUAAGCCAUGCGUUAUUUUUGUGUCUCUUCUAAUUCAACAACAAUAACAACAACCGAAUCUUUAUUUUUAUCAACUCAUUACUUAACAAUAAAUUAGGAUAAUGAAAAUAUUGGAAGUAAAAUUAGAAUUUAAACUUUAAUGACCCCAUCAAUGGUGGUAAAACGCUGUUCUCUGAGAGCGGUAAUUGGGGAAGCCAACCGGGUUGGGAGCCAUAAGCCACCAAUAGCUCACUUUUUUGUUAAUUUAAUUGCCAUUAAAGUAUGGCAGCCGGUCCGGGAAAUUUUUAAUAAAGGGUUCUGAACUUGUGCUCACCGUUGAAAGUAUGUUACAACUGAUAGUUUUCACCAAUGCUGGCCAUUAUUUGCUGUUAUUUAGUUAAAUUUAUAAAAACAAGUGAACGUAGAUUCCUAUCUGCGAUCCUUAAGUGGUAGUAAUUUCAGUUUCACUGAAAGCACCUUCAAUAAAAAGACUUUUCUGGUCUGAAGGGUGCGCAGGUCCACCGAUCCAGAAGACGUCUUUAGGUUCUCGAGUCUAUGUUCUUUUACUAACUCGUUGCUCCGAAUCUUUACUUUACUAAUUCACAUUGCUCCGAGGCUUACUUUAGCCAUAAGUUUCUGUACUUCUGUCUGUAAUGAAAAACUAAAAAGUCAACUAGACUGCAUCCGUUAUAAUACUUCAUCUUUACCAUUAAUUAUAAAUUAAGCACAGAUAAGUGAGUUACCAUUUGGUAACAUUAUUUAGUCAUAGCAAGAUUAUUCUUUCUUACUCAUAGUGGUGCAAGUAAGUCCGUAAAUGAAGUGCAAAAUAUGAUGCGCUUGGUGUUUCCAAAAGGAUCUGUUUUGCUAUUAGCCGACAUUUCCUUAUUUCUAUUGUUAAGUUUGUAGUUUUUUGACAACUUCGAAGAUAAUUUUUCAUUAAUUUAGAGACAUUAAUAACAACAGCGGCUCUUCUGGACUGAUUUCACCUUUGACAGGUAAUAUUUGAAGGCGUAGUGGGAAGUAGUGACACUGGUGACAUAGCAAUUGACGACUUCUCCUUGACAGCAGGGUCAUGUCCUUAUGGUAAGUUUUUUUGA